UUGAUAGAAUGUGCAGUGAAGGGAAUUCGUUCGGAAAUAUUGAUAGCUGGAAAGCAAACAAUAAUGUGUUUUGAAAUGUUAAAUUGCUUGACGGAUCAACUGUGAUUCUAUACAUGGUGAACUCAAACCAGGAUUAAUUUUAGAUUUAAUGUGUUUUGAGUAUAUGUAGAUUUCUGAUAAUAUUCCAAUGCAUGGCUUAGUAAUUACGCUUCUUAUCUUAAGAUUAAUGUCAUAAGUUAAGGAAAUCCUCGAAAAAUAAAAAGAUAAUGAUGGAAAUAAGUGAGUGACGUGUGUCGUGUGCCCACUUUACUGGAGACUAGGACUACGAAGAAAAAGAUUUCGGUAAAGGGUCUCGACAGAACACACUAUAUAUCUUCGUUCAAGAAGCUGGCAAUUAGUGAAACUUUGAUGGAAGCAUAAUACGAACAUUAACAUGGAUCUUAAUUAACACGUUAAAGUAAUAGACAUGCUGGCGACGUCUUUGAAGAACUCAACUUCAGAUUUAUAUUUUUACAAGAUGGAUAAGUGUUUUUUCUAUGAAGGAAAUGAGUUGUUGUGGAGGAUUGGAAAACUUAAAAAGAAAGCCUUGAAGAUGGGAGUUUUUACAAAAUAAUCACCUCGUCAGUUAUUGAGUAAACAGUUCGUAAUUAAAUAAGAAUUACGAUACAUAUUUCUACUUUAAUGGACACUUUUCAUCUAACACAUAAUGUUGCAGAUCAUUUCAUGCUGCUUGUGAUGCAGAGGUGUGAAGCAAUGCAAUAUUGUUUACGCGAUAAUUCACUUUACGCUUUAUCUGUACUAUCUAUUAUGAAACUACUGCAAUCAUAUCGAUACAUAAACACGUGCACGUUUAGAUUAGGAAACAAGUGAAAGUGGCAUUUUUAUGUGAAUUAAAUUGAUUUAUGAAACGUUGUUAUAAUUUGAUUUUGUUUAUGGCGUUAAGCAAAAUAAAAAAAGUGUGUUCUAGAUCCAGCACCAUCUAAAGGCUAACGAAGAAUGCAGAUGAUGAAGAAAGAAUAACAAUGCAACUUAAACAUUAAAUAUUCAAGGGUUAACAUUACAUUUACAUCCAGUGUCAGAAUGAGUGAUGUUGUGGACAAGCAAUGAAUUUUCAAACAGGAAUUAUUUUACGACGUACAAAGUAUCGUUAUAUGAAAGUAACGUUAUAAGUAAUCAACGGUAAACAAGCAGAAACGAAAUCAUUAAAUGCAAAACUCCAUGCAAGUUGAAUUUAUAACACAACAUUUAUCCGGAAGGUAUAUGUGUUUUUGUAUAAAUGUAGCUUUUCAUUGAAUGAGUACUGACAUGAAUUGGGAAACACCAGCACUGGCCCACUUUGAGGCUUUGAAUGAAACGCUGAAAAACAAAUCCAAUGACAUUGAUGAAUCGGCGGUAAUUGAAUCAGUAAACCUACAACAGUUUCAGCUCCAACUUCCGGCAAUAAUAUACACUAUCAUGUUAAUGGUGAUUGGAACUCCAGGGAAUAUCAUUGUUUUAUAUGUGUAUUUCUUUAAAUGGCGGAAAAGCACAUCAAGAAUGUUCAUCCUAUUUCUAACCUCUCUUGAUUUGGUAAAUUGUGUUACUACCCUCCCCAUGGAGAUAUUUAUUAUGAGAUAUUCGGUAAUGUUAGACAUACCCUGGCUGUGUAAAAUAUCUAGGUUUUCAACUUAUACCAUGAAUAGUUCAUCAGCAUUAAUUUUGGUAGCGAUUGCCGUUGACAGGUAUCGGCGUAUUUGUAGACCACACGGUCCACAAUUCAGUGCGAAGGCUUCGAAGUACAUUAGCAUUUGCUGUAUUGUCUUCGCGUUGUCUUUAACAUGGCCCUCAUUACUGUUUUAUGGCACUCGUAGUGUAAAACUAGGAAAUGUCGAAGGAAAGUCUUGUUUAUUGGAGAACAAAUUCGAUGAGUCCGUAUAUCCCCAUGUUUAUUUCGUGGCGAUGAUGGCAAUUACUGUCGUUAUUUUCACGACAUUGUCAGUGUUUUACUAUUUUGUUGGCAUUCAAGUUUAUCGACAUAGAAAGAUGAGAUUGACUAGAAAACGAGAACAAAUAGCUAAUCAAACCUUAGUAAUACGUGAACCUACCGUCAGUAAAGAUGAAACCGUGCUGAAAGAUUCACGAUUAAAAGACGUUAUGAAGACUACGGUGGAGCAGUCAGAAAAUCGGCGAAUUGAAAAUAAUCACAAUGGAACCUCAAUCGAACCUCAACCACAAAAUUGCAUAGAGUUAUUGACUCUACCUCCUGUUGGAGCGUCUAAUAACGAUAUGUCGGUUGUAACUUUAGACGCAAACUCGGUAAACAGUGACAAUAGACUAACCUUUCGAUCCACUCCGGAUAUGCAACGAAAAUCUAGCUAUGAACAGGAAAGACAAAUACACAAUAGAAACGGAUGUCCCAAGAAGAACAUGAAUUUGCGAGACUCUCUUUCUAAAUCAAACGGCUCUCAGUGCAUUCAUUUACGGGUCCGCAUUGGGCGGUCGACUUUAAUGUUGUUUCUCAUCACUUUAGCGUACAUCGCUAGUUUCUUACCAUUCUAUGUGAUAGCUAUUAUUCGCCAAACGGACAGUUCUUUUGUAUCACACAUGGACAUUGAUGGCUAUAUGGCUUACCAUGUGUGUUUGAGGUCUUACUUAUUGUCAAGUGCAAUUAAUCCAAUUAUAUACUCUUUCUGUAAUUCUCAAUUCAGGACAUUCUGUUUCAAUAUGAUGAAGAAGCAAACUCGUCCAAGCAGUAGCAAAAACCUGUUAUAACAUUUGCAAUUCUAUUUUAAGUACAUUUUGCUUGACUAUUACCAAAUAAACCACCUGAAUCUUUACAUAAUAGACGAUUUUUUAAAUUCAAUUUUAGAGCAGUUCGAAUUAUAAUUUAGAAGUUUUCAAAACACAGGAUUAGUAUUGCGACCUUCUUGAGUCAAUAUACAGAUAUUUUUUUAAACGUCUAACUAGCUGGUUUUUCUAUUAUUUAUAUGUAUUUAUAUCAAGCGGUCAAUAUUUUGUUGUUGUUUUUGCUGGCAUAUUUGUCAAACGCUACAAUAAAAUCUUUUCUAAAG